AAAACCUGCUGCGGUCGGUCAACACCACCUUUCGGUAGGCUCACUUGACUCAAUCCGCGCUCGGCUGACUGGAAACCGGCUGAAAGGGGGAGGGGGCAGAGACGUGCUUGAGCACUUUUGACCUACUACUGCGAGCGGGUGUGGAUCGCACAUGAAGCUCCAUCCUGUGCAGACACUGGUUUCCAGGUGCAUCGGUCACCUCUCCAGACAGCGGUAUGAUGUCAUCGUGGUAGGUGGAGGUCAUGCUGGAACCGAGGCGGCGGCUGCUGCGGCGAGAAUGGGCGCUGAGACGCUCUUGGUCACGCAGAAGAUACAAACAAUCGGUGCGCUGUCCUGUAACCCCUCGCUGGGAGGAGUGGGGAAGGGUCACCUCGUCAGGGAGGUGGACGCUCUGGAUGGGUUGUGUGGACGAGCUGGAGAUUGGGCCGGGAUUCAUUUCUCCAUCUUGAAUCGGAGAAAAGGGCCCGCAGUGUGGGGGCCGAGGGCCCAGCUGGACCGCCAGCGCUACAGGGAAUUCAUUCAGGGUGAAUUGCUGUCCAUCAAAAGGUUGACGGUUCUGGAGGGUUCUGUGGAGGAUUUACUAGUGACAGAGCCAAAUCCAGAUGAGCCUGGCAGCCACAGAGUAACUGGGAUAUGUUUGGAAAAUGUCCUCCACCCAAUCAGCGCCAGCUCAGUGGUUCUCACCACGGGUACCUUCUUGUCGGGAUCCCUUUUCGUGGGCCAAACCACGUCCCCCGGUGGUCGGAUCGGAGACGCUCCAUCGAGUGCUGGACUGUCCCGAACCUUAAAGGAGACGCUGGGGCUCAGAGUGGGCAGGCUCAGAACCGGCACCCCACCUCGGAUCGUGAAAGAGUCUGUGGACUUUUCGCUGGCCAACGUUCACCUCCCUGACAGACAUCCGACCCCGUUCAGUUUUAUGAACACGCACACUCGCUGUAAGCCUGAGGAGCAGCUGCCUUGUCACCUGACCUACACCACUCCUGGUGUGGAGAGGGUGGUGCAAGAGAGUCUUCAUCUCAACUGCCACAUACAGCAAGACACCAAAGGUCCCAGGUACUGCCCUUCCAUUGAAUCGAGGGUUCUGCGCUUUCCGGGCCGGCGUCAUCUAGUGUGGCUGGAGCCUGAAGGCUUGACCUCCGACCUUCUAUACCCACAAGGUCUGUCCAUGACUAUGCCCCCAGAGGUGCAGCUCCGCCUCAUCAGAGAAAUCCCCGCCUUGCGUAGAGCGGAGAUUCACGCUCCUGGUUACGGUGUGCAGUACGACUUUGUCUGUCCGACUCAGCUGAGUUCUGCACUGCAAGUGAAAAGCACUCAAGGGCUCUUUUUAGCCGGUCAGAUAAAUGGAACGACGGGGUACGAGGAGGCUGCCGCCCAGGGCUUGUGGGCUGGGGUGAACGCCGCCCGCCAGGCGCAUUCCAUGCCUCCGGUGUCGCUGUCCCGAACAGAGAGCUACAUCGGCGUUCUCAUAGACGAUCUGGUCAGCAGAGGGGUCACAGAGCCGUACCGCAUGUUCACCAGCAGGGCGGAGUUUCGAACCACCCUGAGACCGGACAACGCCGACCUUCGCCUUACGCCAAAAGGUUAUGAACUGGGAUGUGUGUCGUCUUCACGCUACCAAGAAGCCACGCGAGUGCAGAACAGCCUGCAGGAGGCCAUGACGGCCCUGCAGGCUCUCACUCUGUCCACCAACAGCUGCAGGGAGAAGCUCCCCGACAUCCGUGUGAGCGAGACCAAGAGCACGGUCCUGACUGGGAUGGAGCUGCUGCAGUAUAAGGAAUUAUCUUUUGAAAUGUUGGCAUCUGUCUUCCCGGAGCGUCUUUCGCCGUACUUGGAAUUCUCACAAAGACUCAAGAUAGAAGCUGUGUACAAACCUCACUGUGACAUCAACAAGAAAGAGAUUGAGAGAAUCCAGAGGGAGGAGAACAUGUUUCUGCCGCCGGACAUCGACUAUUUCUCUCUGCCGGUGUCUUUGUCUAAUGAGGCCAGAGAGAUCCUGGACAGAGUUCGACCAACCACUCUGGGCGCUGCUACUCGUCUGGAGGGGAUCACUCCUGCUGCUGUCGUCAAUCUCUACAACUACGUUCAUUUUGCAAAGAAAAAAGGAGUAAAUGGUCAACAGAAAAUGACCAGAUCUAAAUGAAAACCAAAGAGAAGAAGAUCUUUAUGCAAGAGAGCUGAUUCCCCCUCAGAGACUUUGUGUACUUUACUGUAAAAUGAUCAAAACAAUAAAUAGUAGUUUUAAAAAAUAUAUGUAUUUAAUUGUUGUACAUUUUAUGAAACAUUUUCAGUAGAUAAUCUUCAUUAAACGUGUCAUCCUCUGCUGCUACCUGCUGUAAAAUCCGAGUCCUGUUAGCAGCAUGACUGUCAAUAGAAUUAAACUCUUGACUUCUUUCCA